AGAGUGGCGUGGAGCGCUGGUGGCUGGUCUUGGAGGCCGGGCCAGGGCCCACAGAAUGGGGAGCAAGGAGUUUGCAGCCGCCCUGGGCUCCGGAUCUAGGCAGCCCCCCCGGGCCGACUGAGCCUUGAGGCAAGCCCGUGGGAGGAGGGAGCGGGUCGUACACACCACGCCUUCUCUUGGGCCAGGGCAGGAUGUACACGCUGCUGUCGGGGCUGUACAAGUACGUGUUCCAGAAAGAUGAGUACUGCAUCCUGAUCCUGGGCCUGGACAAUGCUGGCAAGACGACCUUCCUGGAACAGUCAAAAACCCGGUUUAACAGGAACUACAAGGGGAUGAAUCUAUCUAAAAUCACUACCACCGUGGGUCUGAACAUUGGCACUGUGGACGUGGGAAAAGCUCGCCUUAUGUUCUGGGAUUUAGGGGGACAGGAAGAACUGCAGUCAUUGUGGGAUAAGUACUAUGCAGAGUGCCAUGGCGUCAUCUAUGUCAUUGACUCCACUGAUGAAGAGAGACUGUCAGAGUCCAAGCAGGCGUUUGAGAAGGUGGUUUCGAGUGAGUCUCUUGAUGGUGUUCCUGUCCUGGUGCUGGCCAACAAGCAGGAUGUGGAGCAAAGGAGUACGUGAGGGCAUUGAAUGGAUGGUGAAGUGCGUCGUGCGAAAUGUCCACCGGCCACCACGGCAGAGAGACAUCACGUAGGCGCAGCCAGCUCUGCCGUCUUGGACGGUUCAUCCCCUAGUGCUGGAGGAGCAUACUCCCUGCUGGCUCCUGUGCCAUUGAUCCUGGGGGUUGGGUUUGCUUUGCCUUUGGUUCUUUUAUUCCCUUUAUGUUUUCUCUAAGACAAACUUUUUUCUGUGUCUGGAAAAGUGUAGGUAUCCAGAGGCUUCUGCCAGGGGUCCUGGGUAGCUGGGCCUGCCUGGCUCCACAUUGGUCACCCUAGGUCUUCAGUCCUGCCUGACACUCCCAAGCACUGAGGAGGGGGGGGGGGACAAGGCCUUGGCUGGACAGGCCGCCUCAGGGGAGUCUGAGUGAGCUGUGUCAGAGGUGAGGGUUUGACUGGCAGUUGCUUUGUCUCACUUGCCCAUGAAGAGGUAGAUGUGACCAUGGCUUAUCCUGGAGCAGGUGCAGAGCUAGUAUUGCCUUGAGGAAGAUCUCCCCCACAUGGCCACAGGCCUGCAGGUCCCUCGGUUUCACUGCACCUUCAGGGCAGGACUGGGAUGCCUGGAAGCCACACCUCCCUAUCGGCCCAUUCUCACCUCAUUUUAAUGUAGGGGGGGUGUGAUGUGGAGCCAUGGGAAGGCCUAGCUGGGUGCCUGUCUUUAUGCCCCCUGCCCCACUCUGGCAGGUUGGGCAGUGUUCCUGGGCCCAUCUGGUUUGAGUUGGGUUCCCACAGAGCCCACCUCAGUGGUGUGCUGAGCCUGCAUACCUGGCCUUGGCUGGCCGUGCGGAGAGGGUUCCAGAUGUGCCGAGAACAGCAGAGCUGCUCUCCACCUGCCCAUGCAACACUACUUGGAACCUGGCUGUGGACAGAGCAGGGGCACAAAAUGAUGACAGCUGCCUGGCUCCUGUCCAUCCAUCCCUCCAGAUAGCCUAGAGGCGGAGUUUCCUACAGUUUAGGUAUAGUCACCACCACAGAAAGGUGCAGCCGUGGAUCCCAGGGAAGUGGUGGGCAGGCCUGACUGCCUGGGCACUCUCAUCCAGCUGUUGUGGGAAUUGGCCCAGCCAGGUCCCCGGAGGUGUCCAAGGUCAGCUCACAGAAGACUGCCCCUCUCCUGGGGAACCUGAGGGGUGGCUGGGAAGGGUACGAAUCGGCAGCAAACAACUGUGUCCCUGUGCAGGUGCUGUAACUCAGGGAGGCCCCUUUCCCCUUGGUGGAGCCCUGGUGGUGCCAUGUAGGUUGGUUCCAGGGCCUGCAGGAAGGUCUGAGCCUCCAACCUCAGAAAGGACCUGCUCCCCUAGAGGACAGUUCCCCAGGUCAGCCUGGACAGAUGGGACUUAGAGUCUCAGACUUGGAGCCAGCCUUGGCUGGACCCCUUCUGGGAGAAUCAGGACGUCUAAAACAGUCCCACCACCUGCUGCCCAUCAACACUGUCCAGCCGUAAGCAAGAGUAAGGGCAUAUCCUGCAGCCAGGGUGAGUGGGCACAGGCCCAUGUCAUUGCUGUUCCUGUCAGGAUGACAUUCCCCAGCGAAGUGGACAGUGGUCAUUUUCAGUGUCUAUGGUGCAGAGGGGUGGGAUAUGUGUCCGGAAGUACCUGGUUAAGGUAUGGCCCUUCUGCCCAGGUGUCCCUGUACUCCAGGGGCAGAGGCGCAACUUGAGGGCAACAGGUUUAAGAAGUGUUACUUUUUAUAAAAUAAACUUUGAGAAGUCUCUGG